AUGUUCAGCUUACGAACAUGUAUCUUUGCGAGUCUGCUCGCGGCUCAGUCGUCCGCUGUGACAUUUGAUUGGAACAUUACCUGGGUCACCCGCAACCCCGAUGGACAAUAUGAGAGGCCCGUCAUCGGUAUCAACAACGAGUGGCCUGUUCCGCUUCUCAACAUCACCAAGGGAGAGAAUGUGGUGAUCAAUAUGCACAAUCAGCUCGGCAAUCAAAGCACAAGUCUCCAUUUCCAUGGACUCUUCCAGAACGGAACAAACGAGAUGGACGGGCCCGUGGGCGUAACGCAAUGCGAUGUACCUCCUGGAUCGAGCUUUGUAUACAACUUCACACUUGAACAGCCUGGAACGUAUUGGUACCACUCACAUAGUCGUGCGCAAUAUCCAGACGGACUCAGAGGGCAAUUGCUCGUGCAUGACCCGGAAAAUCCAUACGCCGGUCAGUACGACGAGGAGGUCGCCCUCACAAUCUCAGACUGGUAUCAUGCGGAAAUGCCAGGCCUUAUGGACCACUUUAUYAGCGUUGAAAACCCUACUGGCGCUGAGCCGGUUCCAAAUGCCGCUUUGAUGAACGACACUCAAAAUUUGACCGUGGCCGUGGAGCCUGGUAAGACUUACUUCUUCCGUCUGGCCAACGUCGGAGCAUUCUCGAGUCAGUACUUUUGGAUUGAAGGUCACAGCUUGACUAUCAUCCAAGUAGAUGGCGUCUACACGGAGCCUGCUGAAGCUGAAAUGAUCUAUGUAACCGCCGCACAGCGAUACGGAUUUCUGGUGACUGCUAGGAACGAUUCUUCCGCCAACUUCGCCAUGGUGAAUUCUAUGGACACCGACUUGUUCGAUGCUUUCGAUCCCAAACAGAAUUUCAACGCGACUGGCUGGCUUAUGUACGACGAUGCGAAGCCUAAGCCCGAGGCGAAGCUGCGAGAGAGUUGGGAUGCCCAAUAUGACGACUUUGAUCUGAAACCGUAUGAUAAGCUGGAGAUUUUCGACCACGUCGACUACUCCUUCAACCUUGACCUCUCCAUGAUCAAUUUGGGCGACGGUGCGAACUAUGCUGCCUUCAACGAUAUUACAUAUGUUCGACCCAAAGUUCCUACGUUGUACACAGCGCUGAGUACAGGCGUGCACGCCAACAACGCGACAGUGUAUGGCAGAGAUACGAAUUCAUUCGUGCUGCAAAAGAACGAUAUCAUUGAAGUUGUCUUAAACAAUGACGACCCUGGUAAGCAUCCAUUCCAUCUCCACGGACAUGAUUUUCAAGUCGUCUAUCGAAGUCCUGAAGAGUGGGGAUUCUACGACCCAAAGAAUCACUCCAACUUCCCAUCARCACCGAUGAGGCGCGAUGUGGUUUGGGUGCGACCCAAUGGGAACUUUGUGAUUCGCUUCCGUGCGGACAAUCCGGGUAUAUGGUUGUUUCAUUGCCACAUAGAGUGGCAUUUGGCUAGCGGGCUCAUUUCCACAUUCGUGGAGGCGCCGCUGGAGAUUCAGAAGACCAUUUCGAUACCCGCAAAUCAUUACGACGUCUGCGUGGCCGGGGCUACACCGACUGCGGGAAACGCAGCAGGCAACACACAAGACGUUUUGAAUCUUGACGGCCAAAAUCUGAGCGUGGCGCCCUUGCCAUCGGGAUUCACCGCCGGUGGUAUAGUUGCAUUGGUCUUCAGCGUGAUAGCGGCGUUGUUGGGGAUGGGCGUGAUCGGGUGGUAUGGAGCAGCCCCGCUGUCCUCGACUGAGAUGGAGCGAACACAGAGAUUCGUUGCAAAGGCAGGGUAA